AUAAUUAUUAUCAGUUUGUUGCGGUCACGAAUAUUUUGCUUACCGCACCACAGCAACGUGUGGAUAGUUUAUGACCCCCAAAACUCUUGUCGAAUUCGAUCAAAAAAACCAUAGUAUUUAACUCUAUGGCGCCCCUGUGCAAAUCAAUAGUCAUAACUAGCUAUUCUCAUCAGUUGGCAACACUGUGUUUCCUCCAUUUAAAUGUAUGUGAAAUAAUCGUUCCUUGGUGAGGCAGCCUGCCUCACUUAGAAUCGAUACUUUUAUUGGAUUUAAAUGGAAGAAAACGGUGUUACUAACUUGUAAACUCACCACUUCGCUGGAUGGUGUUUUUAAGCGUUCAAACUAAGUUGCUGAUAAAAUCAAAGCAUUAAAAUUAUUAAUGCUUCGUAGUUCAUCAGGUCUUCCGUGUUGUCAUUUAGUUUCAUAAUGUCUCCAGUGAGAUCGGCGCCAUGGAUGAUUCUACUAGUUACAGUUGCCUCCUCAUCGCAGAGAUUUCCAAAUAUUUCGAUUAUAGGAAACAUGAACAUUCCAGAUCCUAGUCCUGAGCACCUACAGGUUCUUCAUAAUCAGUUCGGUCAUUCAAAUUUUCGACCUUUGCAAUGGAAAAUAAUAUACACUCUUCUGAAGGAAAAAAGGGACCUUGUUGUUGUAAUGGCCACAGGUUAUGGCAAAAGUUUAUGCUACCAAUACCCACCUGUAUUUGCGAAAGGUCUGGGCAUCGUUAUUUCGCCCCUUAUCUCAUUGAUGCAGGAUCAAAUUCUUUCUUUACAGACAUCAAACAUCUCAGCGUGCUGUUUGGGAUCUGCUCAAACUGAAAAACAUGCAGUCAUGGACGGAUUAAUGAAAGGAAAAUACAGAGUUCUAUAUGUGACACCAGAAUGGUGUCAAGACAGUAACAGAGACUUCCUUGCGGAACUCCAUAAAAAAAUCAAGAUUACUGUGGUUGCCAUCGAUGAAGCACAUUGUGUGAGCCAGUGGGGCUGCGAUUUCAGACCCGAUUAUCGAACUUUAGGUUUGUUGAAACAAGGACUGAAAGAUGUGCCUUUUAUAGCACUAACGGCAACUGCCACCACCAAAGUUAGACAGGACAUUAGUCAAUCAUUAAGGCUUAGAAACCCUGAAAUGAUUUGUACCGAUUUUGACCGUCCUAAUUUAUUCUUAAGUGCAUCUUUUCGAUACUCAGCUCAAGAUGACAUGGAAACAGCGGAUAAUGUGUUUGAUGACUUUAAAAAACUAAUGGUCAGAGAUGGUUUAAAUUUUAAAUUUGAAGGGUCAACAAUUAUUUAUUGUCCAACUAGGAAGAGAACGGAAGAAAUAACCCUUGUUUUAAAACGUAAUGGAGUCACUUGCGAAAGUUAUCAUGCUGGAUUAAAUUUAGAGAAGCGCCAAAAAAUUCAUGAAAUGUUUGUGCGGGAUGAAUUGACUGUGAUAGUUGCAACUGUUGCAUUUGGAAUGGGCAUUGAUAAACCAGAUGUUCGUUUCGUAAUUCAUUAUGGUGCUCCAAAAGAAAUAGAAUCGUACUAUCAGGAAGUGGGAAGAGCCGGUCGGGAUGGAUUGCCCUCCCGUUGCCAUGUGUUCUACAGACCAGCUGAUUUCUCCAGCAAUAAACACUUCUUUGUAAAUCUAAAAGGAGAUUAUAAAACACAUCGGGUCAAAAUGGCAAGACUUUUAGAAAACUACCUGGAAACCAAAGGCUGUAGACGUCGACUUUUACUGUCAUAUUUUCAAACUGUAGAUGAAGCUAAGAUAAAACAAAACAAAAAAUGCUGUGAUAACUGUCUUCGAAGUUCCAGUGUCUUGAAUAAGUAUAAAAAUCAUGUGGAAGUGAAUUUAGAUGAAGAUGCCAAGUUACUGAUAAAAGCUGUUAAAUAUUUCAAUGGUAAAUCUGGAAUAACGAAACCUAUUCAGUUUCUUCGUGGCCAAAAUACUAAAUUCAUCCAAGGCUUCAUGCGGAAAAGUGAACUGUACGGCAAAGGACACUACGAAUCAGAAAUUUGGUGGAAAGCAUUAGGACGCAUUUUGUUGAGGGCUGAUCUCUUGGAGGAGAAAACUUGCCAGCCAUUUGGUGGGUUUCGGCAGGGUAAUUUUCCAAUGAGCGUUGUAUGUGUAACUGAGGACGGGGAAAACUUCCUCCAAAAUGGUGCUGAAUCUCUCGGUAUUAAAUUGGAGCCAACAGAGGAACUUACCAAGCACACAAAGAAAAAACCUCAACACGUCAAACCUCAAUACUCUGCUAGUCCAGGGGAAUACAUCAAAGAAGAACCAAAACCAGUACCGCAACUGGAAAUUCCUGCUGAGCCAACGGAAGCUGAAAAAGAAUCCGAAUUGGAGUUAGUACUUCAACAAAGUUUAUACGACGCUCUCUUGAAAACUCGCCAGAACUUAGCCUUUCACUUCCAGAUCAUGCCAUAUGUCGUUGCUAGCAACCUUGCCUUACAAGCUUUGUGCCGUCAUAAACCUCAAACAACGCAAGAUCUAAUGGGAUUAGAGGGAUUCAACGAAGCUAAAAUAAUGAAAUUCGGAGAAGCCUUCAUAAAAACGGUCAAUGAAGUGUUGUCUAAGUUCCGCAGUGAAAGAAAAACUGAAGUCAGUAGUGGUAAACUUGUUCCUCUGAAUAAUCUUAUUGAAAAGACUGCAAGCUCUAUUCAUCAAGAAGUCCCUCAAACUAACUCGAACUUUGAUUCAUAUUUUGAAGAGGACGAUGAUCUGUUUCAAAAUUUUGAUGAUCUAGAUGCAACGAGUUACGAUGACUCGGUAAAAGAACUAAAGCCUCCCCCCAAACAAGAAGAUUCCACAUCACCAGAAUUGCUAAAACCAGGCAGGUCCAGUAUUAAACAAGAACCUGCAACAAACGCGGACAGUUUUUUCGAUGAGGAUAUGGAUUUGUUCGCUGAUAUCGAGAUGCCUGAAUCUAACUGUGUUCAGAAAGCGCAGUCCACUAACGGGGCUCCUUUCAAACAGUCUUCAAGUUCCCAAAUGUGUGAUGUCGAAGUGAAGCCUUUCAGUAAGUACGAAACAAAGCCCACCACAAGUGUUCCAUCCGUAACAAGCUCAUCCAAUAAGGUUAGCAACCCCUCAGGUCCUCGCCUUAAAAGUAGAAUCAAUACCAAUAAGAAAAUUAAGUACGAUAGUAGUGAUUCUUCGGAUGAGAAGGAGGGAAGUGAAUCAGAGUGGAAAACAAGACAGUUGCCAGAUUGGAUUUUGGGCUCUAAGGCCAAAAGCACUAUGAAUUCUAAAAUGAAAAAGAACAGUUUAUUCAAAUAAAGGACAAAGGACGUAUACACUCAGUAUUUUUCAACUUUUCUGAACUCGAGAUCAAAACAAAAAGUCUCCUCCCAAUACAAUUUUGAAGUAGUUUGAGUCUUGUGUUCAACACUCGUUGGAAUGUUUGUUUUUUUAAGUCAUUUUUAUUUUUGAAGUUUGCUUCACAUCCAGAAUACAUAUUUAUUUCGCUGCAAACACAACAUAUCGUCUCCUGGACGCAGGAUCUUAGCUUCAAUAAUAAUAAUAGACGCACAGAGGAGUGAAAGACCAACCAUUCUUGUAAUUUUAAGUGAAAUGCAGAUGGACUGCAAAUUUUCAGAUCGCUGUGGUGAACCUUCAUUUUAAAAAGACAGUUAUAUUGUAAGUUAUUGUUUUAUAAGUAUUUCACCGGUUUUAACUUGUUCGUGCGAUCAUAUGCAUAGGGAGUCUUGUUUUUUAGGUAAUUCUUCACUGUGGCAAGUUCUUGAAAAAUCGAAAAAAAAAAUAUAGGAAUCUCGUCGCAUACUACUCAACGCUGGCAAAUUAGGAAAUUUUGCAACUAAACCUUGAAUUUUCUUGUUCUGUCAAAACUUUUAAAGACUCUAAUUGUACCCAUGCUCUCCACACUUCGCUCUGAAUUGGACUAUCAGACUCACAUGAAGGAUUCGAUUACAUAAAAUCCUCAGAAGAUCAGGCAAACUUCAGUAAAUUUUCGUAUCUAAAACGCACGGAAUAGUCCGGAACCUUCAAAAUUCAAGGAAACUUAUCACCUUGAAGUAUGCUUUCCUGUUAAUCUUAACUUGCCGCUUGCUAAAUUAAUUUUUUUUUUUUUUGUUCUGAG